AUGGAAGACACUACACAACUCGACGAUGCGCUAUAUCGAGCUUGCAUCACAGCAGACUUGCCACAGGUCAAACGCCUAGUCCAGGAGCAAAAUGCGCAUGUCAACAAGAUUAUCGGUCCCCCUGGCCAGUUGGAUUACGCUUUGAAUCAUGCGGCUAAGACAGGUUCCAUACCUCUGGUGCGCUUCCUGCUCGACCAUGGUGGUGCGACUGUCAAUGCAGCAGCACUGCGAACAGCUGCUUUCGAAGGAGAUCAGCCCAUGUUGCAACUUCUCCUCGAACCCAUCAAAGCUCAGUUGACAACUUCGGGCAUGUCCAGGAAAUGGCGUGGAGAUCUUGCCUCAAUUCUGGUCGGCACAACCAGGAGGGGUCGCAGCGAAACCGCCGAGGUUCUCAAGGUUUUCCGUUCAAGAGUCACAGAGUUCGACAAAGCUGUCGAUUCUGGGCUUCUUGCAGCAUGUGCUGCGGGCGAUAUGCGCUCAGUCAAGUACUUCCUCGGUAUGGGUGCUGAAAACAGAGUCGAAGCCAUAUGCACUGCAGCCGAAUAUCAUCAGUUCGAACCUCUGGAAUAUUUUCUGAACAAUCAUACAUUCGAACCUGAGGAGCUGGUUGAUCCAUUGACUUCGGCAGCUGGUGGCGGACACAUGCCAUCUAUUCUCUUACUCAUUGAACAAGGAGCAGAAGAUGAAACAGGCGCUGCACUGGCUAGAGCUGCGAAGUUCUCUCACACGGAAGUUGUGCGUCACCUUAUCAGCAGAUUCAGAUACACGAAAGACAAACUAUCGACAGGACUUGCGGCAGCAGCUCGGGUUGGCGACACUGGUAUCAUGGAGACACUUAUGAACAGAGGUGCUCACAAGGGUGCUCAUGGCUUUGAAGCACUGACCUUCGCAAUCCAGAGAAGUCAUCUUGCAGCGACAGAACUUUUGGUUCGAGACCUUGCAGCCAGUCAGGCAGAACUUUCGACCGCGCUGGAGAAAGCAAUGUUCAUCUGGCUACGACCUGCACAGAUAUACAAGCCCUAUCUCUCGAGAACCUCCAGUCAUUCUUCCAGGAGCACAAACAGCGAGAUUGAACCAACGAUACCAGAAGUACUAAAAAAUCGAGAAGAGUCUCGAAGACGUAUCGUCGAUGUGCUUCUCGAAGCUGGGGGCCGAUUGUCUGAACUGUAUUAUUGUCGGCUUUUGGAGAUGAUGAUUCUCACUCAGAACCAGUAUGGCGUUGAGCUGCUCCACGACAGCGUCAGGUUCACCACGGUCGAAACGCUACCUGAUGAAUACUUGCUCAGUCUCGCGAUAUAUCACCAACAAGACGACAUGGUGAAUCUUUUGCUCAGCUUCCCUGUGGCGCGCAGACCCGAACCACCCGAACCACCAGAGCCAACAGAGCCAACAGAGCCUAGCAGCGUACAAGCAAUUGCUGAGGACACUCUGGCAUGGGAGUCGAAAGUUUACAACCCAAUCCCUAGCCCACUCAUAUUGGCAGCAAAGUUUCAGAACGAGCAUUGGUGCAGGACACUAAUCCAUCGGGAUGAAACUGACAUUCACGAAUGGUGUUAUUAUAAGCCGAGCAAAAGACUAUUGAGCUUUUAUGGGUCUGACCAAAAGACACAUACGCCAAAGGACGAACAGUAUGAAGAACUUGGCUGUCCAUUUGGGACCGAGGAAAUCCGUGAUUGUGCUCUUUCCAUGGCUGUUCGCUCACGAGAUGUACCCAUCAUCCGUCUUCUUCUCGAAAGCGGUGCAGAUCCCUGGGUGAAUCGACAAGACAUUUCGAUCCUUGAGAAGGCAGCAAGAGAGAACUGCCUACGGGACGUUUUUUUGAUCUUGGAGGAGACCGAUACUAAACUGAACAUCGAUCGUCGAGAAUGGGAUGGCGGCAAGAGCAUGCUGCACUGGGCUGCGAUAUAUGGUAACGGUGACUUGGUUGACUUGUUUUGUAAGAAGGGAGCCACUCUCGAUCUUACCGACGCGUUGCACAGAACGCCAUUGCAUCUCGCUGUGGCCGUAGGAAACAUCGAGACGGUCAAGGGUUUGCUAUGGGCUGGAGCCAGGACAUCACUCAGAGAUGUGGAUGACUACUUGUGCGCGGAUGAGCUUGCCGCGAAGCUAGCUCAAGAAGCUUCAUGGGCUGAUCCAUUGCGAGCAGUCAGAUUCGAAAUCAGUCGAUUCCUGGAUGACUGGGUGAAGAACGACAUGGACAACCUCGAUGCUGCUAACAUCCGACGAGAGUCAGAAGCAACUGAAAAAAGGGCUAAGGUGGAAGAGACCUCACAGUCAGUGGGAGAUGAUUUACUGGACCAUUUCAGCGAUGAGGACAGCGUGCAUUGGAGUGAUGACGAGUAG